CAAGUCUCAAGGAGACUUGGAAGUUUGAGGAAAUCCCUGUAUUUGUCUGUUUACUUCUCAAUCAACACAAUCAUUAUAUUAAACUUUCAUCCCAAUCUUUCUCUCUCUUCCUGCUUGGAUGGACGCGAAAGCUUCGACCUUUCUCAAUCAGGAUUCACGACCAAAUUCUCUGUUUCCAAAACCCUAAUUCUUCUCAGAAGCCCUAAACAUUAAAUUUCUUAGAAAGAUGCUUUCUAACUUCGCCAAAUCGGCGGAGUCGGUCUUUUAUCGGUUGGCCAUAAAGAAGGUCUGCAAGUUUUUGUUGAAGAAGAAAUUAGGGCAACUUAUUCUUGGCGACAUCGAUCUUAAUCAGCUUGAUGUUCAGCUUAGCAACGGCACAAUUCAGCUCUCUGAUUUGGCACUUAACGUCGAUUUUAUUAAUAAGAAGUUUGGUGAAGCAGCCGUAUUGGUUGUUAAAGAAGGAUCCAUAGGUUCUCUAACAGUUAGACUUCCAUGGAAGCGUAGAAAUUGUGAAAUCGAGGUUGAAGAACUCGAAAUUGUCCUUGCUCCUGGUAGGAAAAGAAGUUCUCAAGCAGCAGACGAACCUUCUACUUCUGGUCAAGAUAGUAAUACCUACACCAGUCAUGGAUUCACGACACCUGAACAAGAUUUGGUCAACAGUACAAUGACAAAUCCUUCUGUGGACAUUCAUGAAGGAGUCAAAACCAUUGCUAAAAUGGUUAAAUGGUUGCUCACAAGCUUUCAUGUCAAAAUCAAAAAAAUGAUUGUUGCCCUUGAUCCAUUCUCAGAAGAACCAAAAGCAAACGGCUUUUCCAGGACCUUGGUAUUACGAAUUGGUGAAGUGCAAUGUGGAACUGGAAUUUCUGAAGAUGCUGACCUUGAUUGUCAAAGGACAGUUGAUGGUUUUCUUGGCCUAAGUCAACUGACAAAUUUUUUAAAAUUUGAUGGAGCAGUUCUUGAGUUUCUUCAGCUAGAUGAUAAUGGCAACAAAUCAGCAUUUCCAUGUACUCCAGUCAUUACAGGAGAAAAGGGAGGAUUUUCAGGGACGAUAAAAUUAAGUAUACCAUGGAAGAAUGGUUCUUUAGAUAUCAGAAAAGUAGAUGCUGAUGUUUUUAUUGAUCCUCUAGAAAUAAGAUUACAACCCAGUUCCUUAAAAAGCUUUAUGUAUUUAAUGCAUGUUUUUGAGGAACUGGAGAACGACCACAAGAGUUUUAUGGACAAUAAACCGAACGAAUCUGUAUACUACAAUGCAUCAUUCCAUGGUUAUUCAUCAGAGUUUUCAUCUGAUAAACUCUCUCAGAAACCUGAAACAGAAUCAUAUUUGGAUGCUUUACUUAGAGGGUCACAUUUAAUAUCAGAUUGGAUGACAUCACCUGUUACCAGUAACCAAGACCCGAAAACUGAAGAGCCAGAUAUUGAUGCCAGUGUGGAUCAAUUCUUUGAAUGCUUUGAUGAAUUGAGAACUUCACAAUCUGCAUUGGGGAACAGUGGGAUGUGGAAUUGGACAUGUUCUGUUUUCAGUGCCAUAACUGCUGCAUCUAAUCUUGCUUCUGGAUCUCUUCAUAUCCCCUCUGAACAGAAACAUGUUGAAACUAGUCUCAAGGCAAGGAUCACACAGAUUGUAAUAUUGUUUUCCUUUGUGGAUGAAGACAAGAAGCCUUCUUGUGUCCAUUAUAUAAAUGCAGAUUUUCAUGAGAUGCAGCUUAUGUUACAGGUGUGUCCCCGAGAAUCAAACUUUGAAGCAACAGUCAACCAUAUUGAGGUAGCUGACCAUUUCAGCAAUACAUCCAAUUCAUAUGUGAAAACUCAAGAUUUAUUGAUCAGAAAGAAGCAAGCUGCAGUUGAAGGCGCUUGUCCUCCUUUGAGUUUUCAGGUUCAAAGUGAUUCUGCAAACGUUUCACAAAGAGGUUAUCGAGGUAUUUACAGUGAUGACGUGGCAAAGGUUUUGAUUCUUAAAACUUCUGGUGUCACCCAAUGCCAGUUUAUUACACCUUCUGUUUCCCAAGAUGUCAAGUCACAGCCAAAAUCUUUUUCUAUAAAACUUCCACCACUUGUUUUCUGGAUAAACUUUCAUCUGAUAACUACAGUGCUGGAUCUUUUUCAAAGAAAUUGA